UAGGCACUGGUCUAAUCUUGUUGCGCGCAACAUUGUUGCUGGCAAAAUGUAUGGAUUUUGACAGCUAGCGCAACUUUGUUGCCGGCCAAAAUCAAACCAAUUUGAUUUUUGUCUGGCAACAUUUUCUAUUUACCUUGGCCAUGGUAAUCGGGUGUAUGAAAUGACACAGCAGCAGUGUGCGUUUUGUUGACAUCCGCUAAAUUUGGAUUUUAAGCAUUUAUAAAACACUUUUUGGUGUAGAAACAAAAUUUUCAACACUUCAUUCAACAAGUGAAUGAUAAAAAAUAAACUCUGAGCUGUUAAUUGGCAAUUUUUUUACGCUAAACAAUGUCAAAGCGAAAUGUUGCCAGCAACAUUCAUAGACCACCUCAGCGAUAUGUUGCCGAGCAACAAUGUUGCGCGCAACAAGAUUAGACCGCUGCCUUACGCUAUGCGAUCAUCGCACUACCCAAGUGCCACAAACGCCACUAAACGACUCAAGCUCACGUGCUCCUAAAACACUCCGGUUAGCACACUGUAAACGACUUGAGCAUGAAAAAGUAAAACAGUUGGUGGUGUAUGUCGUGACUCACGUUAUCCACUUUAUACAACACAUCAAUUUCUAAUUGCUUUAUCAAUGUGAAACUGCAUUUAUUCAUUGUACGUUCAAAUGCCUGUUUGGCAUUUUUUGUUUUAUCUCGCUCAUGACAUUGGCAUUCAUCUGACAUUUGCUCUGUCGUCCGUUAUGUCUCUUCUUCUUUCUGGCUGGCUCCCUCAAAUUCUAGUUACGCAUAUGCCACGAAAACAUAUAAACCGCCUAUUUCGGGUAAAUAUUGUGCUUAUGUUGUUCUAUUCGAGUUAUUUUUUAUUUAUUUGAGUCAAGACAAGUUUUCCCUGCAGUGCACAGAACUAGCAACAGAACUACCCAAGCGCCACAGGAUGGUCGAACGCCGGUUAAGGGUUACAUAGACCUGUAUCUAAUAUGUUCCUUGGGUUUCUGGCAUAAAGCCAUAAAUAUGUCAUUACAAUAAUACCACAACAUUCACAUUAAACAAUCGUUACGCGUUUAGAGUGGUCGAAAGCGUUAAGGAAACGGUAUAAAUUUUAAAUAUGACUUUAAACCAUACACUAUAUACGACAUACAAAAUCCCACUGUACGCUACGGAGUAAGAAGAAGAUGAUACUUUAGAAAGAACUCAAAUGAUCGUCUGAACGCUUGGGUGUCAAUCGCAUCAAAAAUGGCUGUUUCGCAAUUGGUGGAGAAGCUAAAGUUUGGCGACAGGUACGUUUUGGUGAAUUUCGUCGUGAAGCCGGUGGAAGAUCCACCGUAUAGCGGCUCCCGGGUGGGGUUUGGAUUUGCGGAGCGAAACAAGUUUCUCUCGAGCGAAAUAUGGCAUUCGUUCGUCUACCCGAAGCUUCUUGAAAUAUUUGACCAAAAUUUGGCUUUGAUUGGUGAAAACCUUGAUCCGGCGUACGAAAAGGAUAAGGAUUAUUACUUGAAAUGUGUCGAGCGUCCCUACCUGGAAAUGAGGGUUAACAUCCGGGAUGGUUCUUAUCGCAACAGAUUGAACAUUUUGUUUCAAGAGGAGCUGAGAAAUUUACACCAAUCCUGCUUUUUUGUUGAAAUUAGAGAUCAAGGGCGUACUUUUGUGGAGAUGAUUAAGCGUCGCGACGAGUUUAUUGACAAACUGUUAGAUGAGAACAAAAGAAUGAAGGCGCAGAUCGCGGCUCAUGAAUCAGGCGCUCCGAAAGACGCUACCGGAGUAGAAGGAAACGAUCCGAAGCCAGUUAAAGAGCACGUGCCCGAGGCUCCGCCCGCCCAUCCAGCCCUUAUCAAAAGAACCUACAAACCGUCAGCCGAUAGCUCCCAACCCGGUCCUUCAUCCGCACCCGACUUUUACACAACGAAAAUUCUCGGUAAAUCUCCAACACGCCAAAACUCACCAAGCGGCUCAACCCCCGAGCAGGCGUGUAAAAUGGCAUGGCAGAAAAUGGCAGACAAACGGAAGCAGGAAGACUUGGGAGGGCCGAGCAAAACAAAAAGCCACAAGCCACAAACAACGAUCAAGAUGAAAAGGAAGAAGAAAAACCUAAAGUGCUCAAUUGCACCGACAUGCCUGAAUCGGAAAUCUUAGCCACAUUUGCCGAUUACAGGCAGGAGCUGCACGAAAUAUUUCUGAAGCACAAAGAUGAACUAGAAGAGCAGUGGAUGGCGAAUAAGGAGCUGGUCGACUAUACAGACGUUGGUCACUUGUUUAAUGAGGAUCAGAAGAUGGCCAUGAUGCAAGUACUGGAAAAUGAAUUUGUGCCAAUUGAACUAAAUGGAAAGUACACUGAAUUUUUUACCUCCAUUCUGCUGAUGGAAUGGAUUAUACGUAUUUUCAUGAAGCGGUACAAAUUUACAACUCGCCAAGAGGCCUUAAAACUUAUCAGGAAGCAGGAAGAGGAGGUCCUUGAAUACAUUGCCAGAGAUUGGUAAUAAGCCACCAUAUGUGAUCUGAUCAUGGUUCCUUAACAUUUACAUUUGUUUUACAAAUUUCUCAUUGCCAUUUUUUUUGUAUUUAAUAAAUACGGCAGUGCGGCCGUUUUGCUUACUUGCUUGCUACAUUACCCUUUACGCUUAUCUGCUUCCAUCAAUGCUUAUUGCUUAAAAAAAAUCAAAAUAUGAAUAACAAUUCAAUAGCAAGUAAGGAAACGACAAUGUGUGGUGUAAUUCUUUGCAUGAUUUCCCGAAUGAAAUAUACGUGA